AUGGUUCAAUGUUCUGUACCAAAGUAUCAGUUUAUACUUUGGCUUGCACUUCAAAAGAGACUCAGUACAACAGACAGAAUGGCUAAGUGGGGAAUACAAGUUCCUAGGAACUGUGAAUUAUGCAUAGCUGAUGCUGAAGAAACACAUGCACAUCUGUUUUUUGACUAUGAUUAUUCAAGACAGAUUUGGAGUUCAUUUUUAUGCUGGACAAGAGAAAGCAGUCAAGUAGGGAACUGGGAGGAGGAGAUUGAAAGGUUAACGACCAAGAAAUGCAACGGUAAAACCCAUGCAGAGGUACUACGAUGGCUAUUAGCUGCCAUUAUUUAUCAUGUUUGGAGUGAGCACAAUGCUCGACGAUUCCAAGAACAACAACAGGAUUGUAUUUCAAGACUUAGAGAGAUUGUCAUUCAAUUACACAGGAAAGGCCAGUUUAGAAGCAAUUGGAAAAGAUUACUUGAUAGGUUGAACUCAUAUCCAAGUCUAGUAUAG